CUCGCCAUCGCGGCGUUCACUCACACAUCAAGCCACGGAGUAAUAUUUCCCUACAUUUUGUGCUGGAUUUUAUUCACUGAAGUUUUCUUCUCAAAAGUGUUCAGAUUUGGUCCAGUCCGUCUGUUAACAUCAAGACCAGGGCGGACUGACCAAAUUUCAACGUCCAUGGACAUCCGGUGUCGGUCGUUGCUAAGUGGGUGAGGAUGCUGGUUAAAGUCAAUGGAAAGAAAGGGGGCUCAUGGCAGUGGUUAUUCAUGAUGACGCCCUCUUGAGGUCGGUGUGCUAGGUGAUGUUCCUGUUGAGCCCGUUGUGACUUCUGUGGUUUCCACUGAGACUAGACGAUCGUGAGCAGAACUGUCAAGUCACAGAAAGAUGACAUCAACAUCCCCCUCCCACAGCGACAGCAGCAGCGGCUCGUCCAAACAUGACAGCCAUCAGGACAGCUGGGAGAUCAUAGAGGGGCUGAAGGGUAACCCUGGCAACAUCCAGGAGCCGGAGAACCAGGAGGGCUUCCUGCUCAAGAGAAGGAAAUGGCCUAUGAAGGGAUGGCACAAGAGAUACUUCUUGCUGGAGAAAGGCAUUCUGAAGUACUCAAAACGUAGAGCUGAUCUGAACAAGGGCAAGCUGCAUGGCUGCAUUGAUGUGGGGCUGUCUGUCAUGUCAAUAAAAAAAAAAACCAAGGCCAUCGAUCUGGACACCAACAACAACAUUUAUCACCUUAAGGUGACGUCUGAGAAGUCUCAGGAAGUGAAGUCACAGGAGCUGUUUGAUGAUUGGGUGUCAAAGCUACGACAUCACCGUGUCUUCCGGCAGAACGAGAUCGCCAUGUACCCCCACGAGAGGCACCUGUUUCACCCCUCCUCACACCUCUCGCCUAACCUCAACGACUCCAUGAGACAGCAGCGCUCCAGUCUGGCUAAACAGGCAUCAGUUGUCCAGCAAGCUAAGGUCCGUGCCUGGCUUCACUCCUCAGAAGACAUGGACAGGUGCUGUAGAGACUUGGAGGAGUGUGAGUCGUACCUGUUGGAACUCAACCUGUUGCUGAAGAGUAUGGAGGUUCUCCACCGCACUUACUCUGCCCCCGCCAUCAACCUCAUGGCCUCCACGUACGACAUUCCCAAGAAGGAGAAGAGGGGUCCCAGGAAGUGGCGUUCAAAGAAUUACAGCAAAGAUCCCCCAGCCACACUACAGGUUCCUGGCUGUGUCUCACCACCUGCCUCUCUUCUUCUCCAUACUUCCCACCCAAACCUCUCUACUGAAGCCAACACCUCCUCCCAAGAAUCCCCAGACUCACCUACUGAUGCGAACCGCCUCCAGGAGGACUUCUGCAGGCUGGCCAACAACGUUCACUCCACUCUGCGGUCAGCCUACAGUUCUCUAUCAGCAGAGAGAGACAGAGUGAGACACACUAUUGACCUGCAGGCCCCUCCAGCACAGGUCAUGGUCCUCAAGACCGGCUAUGGCUCGGAUCUCCCAGAUGGAUCCCGCCAACUUGUCCACCAGGCGUCCAAUGUUAGUCAAGCAUCCAUCCCUGAGUCCAUGUCAGAGUUCUUUGAUGCUCAGGAGUACCAGCUGACCUCCAGCUCCUCUGAGAACGAGGCUUCUGAUGAUGACUCGUAUGUCAGUGAUGUCAGCGACAGCGUUUCCAUGGACACCGGCUACAGCAACGAGGGAGGAAGCGAGAGACAUGACUCUGCAGCCUCAAGAGGUGAUGGUGUUCAGGUGGCCCGCAGGCGGACUACCCUCCCCUCCCCCCAGCCCAGCAGCAGCAGUGUCAGUCUAUGGAACAUCCUCAAGAACAACAUAGGGAAGGACCUGUCCAAGGUAGCCAUGCCUGUUCAGCUCAACGAACCUCUCAACAUACUACAGAGGCUGUGUGAGGAGGUGGAGUACUCAGAGCUGCUGGAUACAGCCAACAACACACAGGACCCGUACCAGAGAAUGGUGUAUGUGGCAACAUUUGCGGUGUCUGCGUACGCCUCCAGUUACCACCGGGCAGGAAGUAAACCCUUUAACCCCGUCCUAGGAGAGACCUACGAGUGUGACAGACCUGACAAGGGCUUCAGGUUCAUAGCAGAACAGGUGAGCCAUCACCCACCUGUGUCAGCGUGUCACUGUGAUUCUAACAACUUUACUUUUUGGCAAGAUGUCCAGUGUAAGAAUAAGUUCUGGGGGAAAUCCAUGGAGAUUGUUCCCAUGGGAACCACUCAUGUGACCCUGCCAGGGUUUGGGGACCACUAUGAGUGGAACAAGGUAACGUCCUGUAUCCACAACAUCCUGAGUGGCCAGCGCUGGAUAGAACACUAUGGAGAGAUGUCAAUCAAAAACACCAACAGUGAAGCCUGCCAGUGUAAAGUGACCUUCGUCAAGGCGAGAUCGUGGAGCUCAACGGUGAAUGAGAUAGAGGGAGUGGUCACGGACAGUGGGGGUCGUGUCAUCCACUCUUUCUUUGGCAAAUGGCACGAAGGCAUAUACCAAGGAGACACGCCCUCUGCCAUCUGCAUCUGGAGAGCAAACCCCAUGCCUGUGGACCAGGACCAGUACUAUGGCUUCACUCAGUUUGCUGUGGAGCUGAAUGAGCUUGAUGCUGCCCUGAAGCCCUUCCUACCCCCCACAGACACACGCUUCCGUCUGGACCAGAGGUGUUUGGAAGAAGGGAACAUUGAGGGGGCUGAGGAGCAGAAACUGAGGAUAGAGCUGCUCCAGAGAGAAAGGAAGAAAGUUCUGGAGGAGAACAACAUGAUGCACAAACCACGCUUCUUCAAGAAAUCAAAGGAUGACACGUGGCUGAGCUCUAAUACAUACUGGGAGCAGCGGAAGGACCCCGGGUUCAGCUGCAGAGAGGACUUCCCUGUGCUGUGGUGACCCUGUAACCCCACAGGAGCACAGAUCUAGGGUCAGAUUAUCCUUGUCCACAACAAACCUUAACCAAUACAGGGAAAACUCACAACUGACCUUAGAUCAGCUGUUGUCUCUACCUUCCUGCCCUUUGUGCUGUUGUCUGUGCCCAAUAAUGUUUGUUCCAUGUUUUGUACUGCUGCCAUGCUGAGUUGUCAUGUGUUGCUGCCAUGCUAUGUUGUUGUCUUAGGUCUCUUAUGUAGUGUAGUGCUGUCUAUCUUGUCCUAUAUUUUAUUUGUAUUUUUAAUCCCAGGCCCCGUCCCUGCAGGAGGCCGUCAUUGUAAAUAAGAUUUUUUAUUU